AAAGAUACUUCGUAAUACACUUUAGCAAUAAUUUUUAGUGGUGUGACAAAAUGGAAGUUUAGUGUGACGUUUUCUUGUUUACGAACUAAUAUUAAAAAGAAUGACUAUGAACUUAUUUUCCCCAAGUGAAUAAAACAGGAAAAAUGUUUGUUAUGUACACGUGUUUGUAAAUUUGUUCUAUUACCCACUGUGAGAUUCUCCGGAAAGGUUCACGAAAAAAUGUCAGAAACAGAAGAAGCAUCAGGAGGAGGAAGUGAGGAAACCAAGACUCAAGAAGGAACUUUUGAAUGCAAUAUCUGUCUCGACACAGCAAAAGAUGCUGUAGUAAGCCUUUGUGGACAUUUGUUUUGUUGGCCAUGUUUGCAUCGUUGGUUAGAGACACGACCUAGCCGUCAAGUCUGUCCAGUAUGUAAAGCAGCAAUAAGCAGAGAGAAAGUUAUUCCUUUGUAUGGCAGAGGAGGCUCAAACCAGGAUCCAAGAGAACGAUUACCUCCAAGACCUUCAGGACAGAGAACAGAACCAGAAAACCAUGCUGGGCAGUCCUUCCCUGGGUUUGGAUUUGGAGACACAGGUUUCCACAUGUCAUUUGGAAUUGGUGCCUUCCCUUUUGGAAUAUUUGCAUCCUCCUUCAAUUUUGGAGAUGGCCGUCCUGCGCCUCCUCCUGGAACUCCAGAAUUUGAAGAAGAUCAACUGCUCUCAAAGGUUUUUCUGUAUGUUGCCAUCGCAUUUAUCAUAUGGUUACUAUUAGCGUGAAUAUCCUAAAGAUUUAUACACAUAUAACCUUUUCUAUUGUAUCAAAAUAAUCCAAGGUCUUAUAUCUUGCUUUUCAAAUCAUGAAUUUGUUCUGACUUCCUGAAAACCUUGUACAAAACUGGAAUGUCAAAAUAGUUACUAUUUUAAUUGAAAAUGAUUUUGUAUAAUACUCGUUCUAUUUGAAUACUCAGUGUUGUAUUUUUAGAUAUAUGUUAAGUAAGUUUAUAUUUGACUUCAAAUUAAUUUUUAUCAAUGAAUUUCGUGUUAAUAUAAAAUAUAACUGUGAAUAAUGCCUAUAUAUCUCAUCAGUAUUAUUUUAAUUCUGCAAUAAUAUUUUUAUUUUUUAUUUUGUUUUUAUCAUUCCAGAUGUGCUGUUUCAAAUAUGUAUUUUUAAACGGGGCAACACAAUAUAUGUGCUCAAUAUGAAUUAAUGAAAGUUAUUAAUUUAUAUAAACAAUAUACUCUAUUACUAUGCAAAUUAUGUACUGCUUUGCAGAAUGAAGUGUUAACUUAUUGUGUAAAUAUCAUUAGAAAAUGAAUAUCUGUAAUAUAUUAGAAAUUUUGGAUGUAGUAUCUUUUUUAAAUCUCUUUAUAUGUAUUGCAUUCAGAAAACAAAACAUCGUUUUAAAUCAUUUAAACCUUUUAAACUUAUUUUAUUAUUAUUUUAUUUCUCCAUGUAUGGUUUGGUAAAAUAGAUGAGUAGUUACUGUAAAUUGUUUAAAACUAGGUAAAUGUGUAUUCAUUUGUUUAAGAAGGAAUUUAAAAACUGGUAAUUUAUAUAAAUGCUCAAUAAUAUAAACUAUCAAUUCCUAUGUAAAUUUUAUACAUUUUUUUUUAAAUUAAUGUGUUGAAUAAAUUUCUGUAUCAUUCUUUCAUUUCAUUUAUAUAUCCACAUUAUUAAUUUGAAAAGUAAGCAUUUAUUUGAAGUUGUUGAACCCAUUUUCUUCUAUACAUGGGGUGCAUCCUGAUAUCAUGCUGAGCAUUCAGUCUGCCCCUUACAGUAACUCCACAAGUUGUAAGUUGUUAAGACUUAUUUCAUACUGAAGUUUUAAGUUCCCCUCCCCCUUACCUUUGAUUAUGUAAAAUAUAUAAUUGUAAUUUUUAAUCGAUUCGUCCAUAUUUGAUUUAGAAAUUAAAUGCGUAUGACUCUAACUUGUUUUUACAAAUUAAGAGUGAUGUAGUACUCAUUCAGAUGAGCAAUAAUUACCAUAGAACACAGAGUCGCAUUCCACUCUGAGAGGCAGAAAAGGGGAAUAAUAAAAUUCCAUCCUGAACUUACAACAUUGUUGGUAUAAGGAAUGAACAAGACCAAAAGCUGCACAAUCAGUUUAAUAAAAAACUUGCAGAAAGUGCACAAACCAGAUAAAGCCCAAAACUUGGCAUUUGAGUGUUAAUUCGAGCUCGCACUAUUGAUGCCAAACACUCAGAUCCACAUCAUUGGUUGGCACUGUUUCAACCUCGCAAACAAUUGAAACAAGUUAAUCAUCUAAUCAAGGGCUGAAUAUUAUAAACUAACUCCAACUUCCAAAAACUGCUACCUUGAUAUGAUAUCUUGUUGCAAUCGUUUGUGAGAUUGAGACCAAAGAUGUGCAACCAAAUAUCUAACCAAAGAUAUGCAUUUGAAUGUUUGCUCGUUUGAGCUCAAACUAACACUUGAAUGUGUUUAACUUAAGUUUGAGCUCAAAUUAACACUUGAACGUUAAGUUUUUGGUUUUAUCCAUUUUGUACAUUCUGUGAGUUUUCACUAAACUGAUUGUGCAACUUUUGGUCUUGUUCAUUUGCUCUCCCAACACUGUUGUAAGUUCAGGUUGGAAUUCUAAUUUUCCUCAUUUCUGCCUCUCAGAAUGAAAUAGGACCCUAUGUUUUAUGUUUAUAUAUACAGUAUGAAAUGAGUAAAUGCUCAUUCAUUUCCAGUUUUGGCUGUGCAGAUACCAACACAAUGCGGAUGAGAAUUAGCCUUCUCUUCAAAAACAUGACUAAAUAUUUAUGUAAUGUUCAUUCCUUAGUUAGCUUUUAUUGCAAAUCAUGACUUUCUCAGAAAGUGCCAAAUUUCUAACACUACAGUGAGUGUUGCUGUUUUCAAAUUAUGGAUGUGUCAUUUUUCUGGAUAUUUUCAAGUAAAUAUGGUUAUUCUUGUCAUUUCUUCUAUUAUACAGUGUUAGCAUUCAUAUGUAUGCUUUGAAACGCUUGGCAUGCAGAGCAUAAUAGAGUUGUCAUGGAAAUUAAUACGCAUUCAGGCUGAUAGCUAAAUAUAAUUUAAGUGACUUUCAUACAUGUGUAUAAAAUUAAAUAAAACUAUUGACGAUUAUUAUUAUUUAUUAUGUCCAAAUUAUCUGCAUCUGCCAAGUGAUCUAUUCUGUAAGUAAGUUUAUUGAUUGCGAUUAUUACUUUUCUGAGGUUAGCCUUUCCUAGCUGUAGAUUAUGGUUCCAUGAGAAUUUUAUAGAACUUAUCAUUCUAUAAAAUUGAAAAUAUGUAAAUUGCAGUUACUGAAAUGCAUUUCUGUUUGAUUGUAAGAGUCCCACCAAGUAUGCUGGAUGCUGGGAUUUCAACCUGGGUUUGAUUCCAAGUGAAAGGGCUAGCAGCAUUGUUGGUUUUCAUUAUUUUCCUACAUGUAUAAUAUGAGUUAGUUUUCCUUCCACAAAGGCAUCCUUCUCCUUAGGCUGAAAGCCCUUUUGAGCUUUGCUAUAUUCAAAAAUAACCAACUUAUACUCAUAAGAUAUGUAGUUUAAGAUACUCAAAAUUAUUUAUAGUAGCUUGUUAAUAUUUUAAUAAUUGUAUAUUUUAGCAUUAGUUUAUUUUCUUUUAUUUAUAAUUUAUAGUAAUCCAUGGAUUGAAAAAAAAUUAUGGUAUAAAUUUAUUUCCUAUUAGUCUUAUCACUAUGUCUGUUUUAUAUAAUUUUAAACAAUGCACAUUGCAUUUUACCAGAAUUUUUUUAGCUCAUUCAAAUACUGUCAUAUUGUUUUUCCUGUGUGCUUGCUAUGAAAUAUUUGAUUUUAACGACAUUUUAAAGUAAUCUGAAUAUUUCAUGGAAGCAUUCUUAUGCUUGUUAUUGUAUGUUCAAAAUUAAAUCACAACUGAAAUUUAAAAAGCUAUAAUUAGGUACUGAAAUUGUAAUUUGGAGAUUUUGGUUUGAUAGCUGUUGUAGCAUCUUAUUUCAAGGUUAAUCAUAAUAACAAACCAGUUGAAUAAUUACAGGUGAGUGCAGUUUGUGCAUUUAGUUGGUUAUGAAGCUAUACACCAGUGGAGACAAUAUGAUUUUUGUCAAGCCCUUUUUUAAUCAAGAACAUCAUGGAAAAUGAAAUACAGAGUUUCAUAUCCCUAUUACCCUGCCACCUAUCUCACCCGCCAGUUGCCAAUGGGCAAAGUCAUUAAACACAGGUAGUUCAGCCUGGGUUCGAAUCCUAGCGAAUGGGCUGGUUGCAUGUGAAUUAAAUGUUCUCCACAAAGGCACCCCUUUCCAUAGACAGGUAACCUUUGAGUUGCUAGGGCUUAAUCAAAAAACCUAACCUAACCUAUUAAGAUUCUGGCAGUUCGCAAAGGUGGUGUAGUUAUAAACAUGCAUAAUUACCAAGGAUUUGCUUUUUGCCUAAAGGAGUCAUGCCUUAUGGAAGAUUCUCAGAAGAAAAGAAUUUAUAUUUGCAUUACCCGAAAGGAUGAUUUAAAUUUUUUAAUGAGAAAUAGUUAACACAAAUUCAUUUUAUAUUGAUAUCUGCAGAGCCAUGUUAAGUCUGCUAGAAAUAAAUUUGAAUUUUUAAUAUGCAUUGUCAUUACUUUUCUAUUAUACCUGUUAAUAUUGAAAUUUCUAUGGUGAGAAAGUACUUGGUUUAAAAAUUUGCUUUCAUGAAGAACUUCAGAAGAUUACAUUUCUGAAUUGUUUUUCUUUUUAAUGCAAAUAUAAUAGAUUUGUAAAAGAUAAAUAUGUACAUAUUUGUAAGUUAUUGCAUAUAUUAGGUUAUAAAGAAUUAAAUCUAAUUCUACUAUUCAUAGGUCUUUGAAUGUGUCAGUCUUAAGAAUAAGUGAUAUUACCUUAUAAAGGUGUACUUUGUGAGACAAUAAAUGUACAAAGUGUUAUUUGCUAAGCUCAAAUGCAGUGUAUUGAAUUUUGUUUAUUUGAGGGUUUGUUUUUAAUCGAGCUUGGGCAGCUUGGUCUAAACUGUUGCUUUACUGGUUCAUAUAUAAUAUUUUUUCAAAAAAUGAAAGCAUUUUAUUUUGGGAAAUUUUAUUUAAACAAAGAUUUUAGUAUAAUCUUAAUUGAAAAUCAUCAUUUUAUAAGAAUUUAAAAAGUGGCAGCAUAUUGUAUAGAUUUCAGUUAGUGUUAAAAUUAUCCUUUUCCUGUACAGUUUUUACUGAUUAAAUUAGUUUGUAAAAUCUUUUCUAUGUGCAUAUCUGUUUUGUUUUCCCAGUCCUCAUUAUUCUAAUUCGCAAGAAAAAGAUUACAUUUAACAUGUAUUAACAUUAAUGAUGAACAAUAAAAUAUAUUUUAACUA